UUUGAUCAGGUGUUCUCUAACAUCAUGAGUGCGAAGUCUGAGCCAGCUAUUAGCUCGUGCAAGUCCAAUGAAAAUUGGACUAAGGUGACUUUCAAGCCCGACCUCGCCAAGUUCCACAUGACGUAUCUGGAGGAGGAUGUUGUUGCCCUGAUGUCCAAACGUGUUUUGGAUAUUGCGGGCUGUCUUGGCAGGACUGUUAAGGUGGAGCUGAACGGCCAAAAGCUCCCAGUUAAAACGUUUUCGGAUUACGUGGGGCUUUACCUUGCCUCCGCUCAGAAAGGCAAAGAAGAGACGCUUCCAAGGAUAUAUGAGCGUGCAAAUGAUCGGUGGGAAGUAUGCGUGAGUUUAAGCGAUGGACAGUUUCAACAGGUUAGCUUUGUGAACAGCAUCGCCACAAUCCGGGGUGGCACGCACGUCCAGCAUGUUUCGGAACAGAUCGUAAGCCACAUACAGGAAAUUGUGAACAAGAAGAACAAAAAUGCGAACGUGAAGGGUUUCCAAAUCAGAAACCAUCUUUGGGUCUUUGUCAAUUCUCUGAUUGACAACCCUGCCUUCGAUUCCCAGACGAAGGAAACAUUGACUACUCGUCAAACUAGUUUUGGAUCGAAGUGCGAGCUGUCCCCAGAGUUUCUGAAGAAAGUUUCUAAAUGCGGGGUAGUUGACAAUGUUCUGUCGUGGGCGGACUUUAAGCAGAGUAAGGAGCUAAAGAAGAACGACGGUGCCAAGAGGCAGCGCCUAACUGGAAUAGCCAAGCUGGACGAUGCAAAUGAUGCCGGCGGCAAGAACUCCGAAGCAUGCACUUUGAUCUUGACUGAAGGAGAUUCAGCUAAAGCUCUUGCUAUGAGUGGCAUCAGUGUGGUUGGCCGUAACCACUAUGGUGUGUUUCCUCUCAGGGGAAAGCUUUUAAACGUUCGAGAGGCAACGCACAAGCAAAUAAUGGAUAACGCUGAAAUCACCAGCAUAAAGCAGAUACUGGGGUUGCAGCAGGGAAAAGGUUAUGAAAAUACCAAGUCUCUUCGUUACGGUCAUUUGAUGAUUAUGACCGACCAGGAUCACGACGGGUCACACAUCAAAGGUCUUAUUAUCAAUUUCAUUCACACGUUUUGGCCAUCACUUUUGAAAGUUCCCGGUUUCUUGGUGGAAUUUAUCACGCCAAUUGUUAAGGCAACACAUAAGAACGGAAAGGUACUAUCCUUCUAUACUAUGCCGGAAUACGAGUCGUGGAAAGAGUCCCUGAGAGGAGAAACCAAGGGUUGGAGUAUCAAGUACUACAAGGGUCUGGGCACGAGUACAGCAAAGGAAGGCAAGGAGUACUUUCGAGAUCUGGUCAAGCACAAGAAGGACUUCGCAUGGGACAAUGAUGAAGAUGGUGACUCUAUAGAGCUAGCAUUUAGCAAGAAAAAAACCGAAGCCAGAAAAAUAUGGCUGCGAGGGUACCAGCCAGGGACAUUUCUGGAUCAAACUCAGCGGGUCAUCACGUACAGCGAUUUCAUCAAUAAGGAAUUAAUCCUGUUCUCGUUGGCUGAUUUGGCAAGGUCUGUCCCGUCUAUGGUGGACGGAUUGAAGCCCGGACAGCGCAAGAUUCUGUUUGCUGCAUUCAAAAGAAAUUUUACGUCGCAAGCUAAGGUAGCGCAAUUUUCUGGAUAUGUCUCCGAGCAUUCUGCUUAUCACCAUGGAGAACAAAGUCUCGCGAGUACUAUCAUAGGAAUGGCUCAGAAUUUCGUCGGUAGCAAUAACAUCAAUAUCCUUGCUCCGAUUGGACAGUUCGGUACAAGGAGUCAGGGCGGAAAGGACCAUGCCAGUGCGCGUUACAUCUAUACGUCUCUAACUCCGUUAACACGUACUAUAUUUCCUAAACCAGAUGACAUUUUACUGAAUUUUCUGAGAGAGGAUGGACAGUCGAUCGAGCCCUUCUGGUAUGCACCAAUUCUUCCUAUGGUGCUUGUCAACGGCUCUGAAGGCAUUGGCACUGGGUGGAGCACUUUCGUGCCAAAUUACAAUCCUCGAGAUAUCGUUACCAACCUUAAGCAUCUUUUGCGCGAUGAGCCGCUGGAGCCAAUGGAUCCGUGGUACAAGGGGUUUAAGGGGACGAUAGUGAAAUCGGCAAGCAAAGAAUCUGGUGUCAGCUAUACAGUGACUGGCAUCGUAGAGCAAGUCAACGAGACUACUAUACGUGUGCUAGAGCUUCCCAUUAGAAAGUGGACUCAAGACUAUAAGGAGUUUCUUGAAGCGUUGCUUUGUGGCACAGAGAAAAUCAAAGAACCCUCUAUUAAGGACUACAGGGAGCAUAACACUGAUACGCGAGUGCACUUUGAAAUUUCUUUAUCCGAGGAAAAAAUGGCUGAAGCUCUUGCAGAGGGUCUCACGAAAAAGUUCAAGCUGAGUACCACUAUCAGCACCAGUAACAUGAAUCUUUUUGAUAAGGACGGGCAUAUUCGAAAGUAUGACACGCCCGAACAAAUUCUUGAAGACUUCUACCAUAUUCGUUUGGAGUUGUACGUCAAAAGAAAGGAAGUGCAAGUUGAGAAUUUGCAAUACGAGCUACUGAAGCUUGACAACAAAGUCCGAUUUAUUCUCGGUGUUGUCAAAGGCGAAAUUGUUGUAAACAACAGGAAGCGAGCCGAGUUACUAGUCGAGCUAAAGACCAAAGGCUUUACUCCGUUCCCUAAGAAGGCAAAAGCUUCGGACUUGCCUGUUGUCGGUGGUGAUGGUUCUGACGUGGAAGCGGAUGACGAAGAAAAGCUGAAUAAAGGAGUUCGUGCUGGUGAUUACGAGUAUCUUCUAUCUAUGCCAAUUGGCACGCUCACUCUAGAGAAGGUUCAGCAGCUCUGCAACGAGCGUGAUAAGCUUGAAGGUGAUGUUGAAGAAUUGAAGAAAUGUACACCGAAGGAUCUCUGGGAGAAGGACUUAGAUAACUUCCUCGAACAACUGACGGCUCAAGAGAUGGAGGAAGAAAAGGAAGACGAGCUUGAACUUAAGCAAAUGGCCAAAGAAGGUGCUGCUAUAUUCAAGCGCGCUGCUGCUGGCCGAAAGCCUGCUGCGAAGGCAAAAACUGCAGACAAGGAAAAUGCCGUGAAGCCUACCAAAAAAGCGACUGCCUCGACGAAAGCUUCGAAUGCUUCCAAGAAGGCAGCUAAACCAGUGGAACUGGACAGCGAGGAAGAAUACUUCAACACAAGCUUACAGGAUCGCCUUGCUGCUUACGCGAAAGGAAAAGGACCGCUAACAGAGGACAACUCCAUGGAGGACGCUGUCAAGGAAGUGUCCCCGCCAACAAAGCAUAAUGCUCCUAAAGCUGCUCCGGUCGCAAAGAAGCGCGCGAAUACCAAAGCCUCCAAAGCAUCAAAAGCCACUGAAGAUGUUGCGGCCCACGACUCCCCUGAUGCGAAAGUAAGGAAGGUGCGGGCUUCUCCAUUCAACAAGAAGAGUGGUUCCGUCAUUCCUCAGCUUGCAAAGCUGUCCAUCGAGGCAGAGGCCGACUCCGACGUCGAAGCAGCUCCUCAAGCAAGGCCGAAGAGACGAGCGGCUCGCCCGGCUGUGCACUACAUCGAGAGCGACACGGAGGAAGACAAGGCCGCAAGCGAAGACAUCUCCGACUUUGAGGACGAAGGAUCAGAGUAAAGUCUGGUUCCCCCUCCCCGGUUUUCUCAUUCUGCUCGUUUGGUGCUAACGAGUUUGCUGUACUGCUCUUUAACUUUCUAUGUUAAGGUGGAGGCUCCAGAAGAAAGGUCGUGUCAUGGUACUGUGACUCGUAUGGAUUGUGUAAUAUCUGCAUUGUUUUGUUCCAGACAAUUGUUUCAUGUCAUUGAUCAUAUAAUGUUUUUCACCUUUUUCUUGUG